AUGCUUUCGAGUGACGGCACUUUCCCUCCAAGGAACAAACCCAAGUCGCUCGAGCUCCCCCGAGCCGUCGCACAUGGCUUCCAUCCUUCCUCCCACGAUCUGAAUGAGGAGGAGAAGCAGCGGCUGAUUGCGGAGGAGAUUGUGAAGAUCGAGCAGCAGACGAGAGCGAGGGAGGAGCAAUUGAAGCGGGCUGCUCUUAAAGCCCACUUGGACCACGAGCUUCGGUUCGGCAAGAUAAUGUUCUCUCAGGAGAAAUACACUACGGCCAUUGCGCAUUUCGACAAAGUACUCGACCAAUCAGAGGACGACACGUAUCACCACGGCGAGGCCUCCCUCCAGAAAGCCGCGUGCCUCGAUAAGCUCGGCUCGCACGACGAAGCGCGUCGUCUGUACAAAUCCCUCUGCCAUUUCCGCGGCGCGGACCACCACAUCAAGAGACGCGCCGCGCAAGCUUUAUUCGAAGGCGAUUCGCACAAUCCUUCGAAGCAGCGGCAGAAGGAGCAGGCUCAGAACGAUAGGCCGUCGCUACUAGAUGACUACAUGUACAAAAUGUUUCUCACGGGCUUUGGAAAUUACACGUUGAGUGGGAGAAAGCAGGAGGAGUCGCGACAGGAGCGGAUGCUGAUGCAGGCGCUGCCCUGGAUGCUGGUGCUCAUGGCGCCUGCUAUGGUCGUAGGGCUGAUGCUGGCCAAGGGAGGAGAGUGA